AUGUCUUGUGAUCGAUCAGAAUCAGCGAAAAAUAUUACAAAUCAUAUAGAUGGUAUUAAUGAUGGCAUACCACUAUAUUACUGUGAUAUGAAUAACAAAUUAAAUGAUAACACCAGAAAAGCAGAACAAUCACUUUAUGCUGUAUCGGUGGUAACAGUGAUAUUUAUAAUAAUUGAAUUUUUGGGUGGUUAUUUUGCUAAUAGUUUAGCAAUUAUGACCGAUGCUGGUCAUAUGGUUUCUGAUUUACUAAGUUUUUGUGUUGCUAUUAUUGCUAUGAAAUUGGCGCAAAGAAAGCCAACAAAACGUUUACCGUUUGGAUAUUACAGAGCUGAAAUAUUAGGCGCAUUAAUUAGUGUAAUGAUGAUCUGGGCGUUAACAGCUGUACUCGUUUAUGCAGCUAUCGAAAGAAUAAUUGAACAAGAUUUCGACGUUGAUGCAACAGUUAUGUUAUAUACGGCAUUAACAAGUGUUCUAUUUAAUAUUAUCAUGGGUCUUAUUUUGCAUUUUGGAAAAACAACGCAUUCACAUUUUGGAAUGUCACAUAAUCAUGGAAGUGGGAAAACAUUUCCUAUUGAUUUAGAGAAUGGUACAUGUAAAGUUUAUCAAAAUGAUUUGAAAGAUAUUAGAUGUGAGGAAGAUAAUAAUGCAAAUAUCAUUAAAACAAUUGAUACUACCGAUCAUGAUCAUCAUUUACUCGAAUUUGGAAGUAAUAUCAAUAUUCGAGCGGCAUUUGUUCAUGUUCUUGGUGAUUUAUUACAAUCUCUGGGUGUUUUAUUUGCUGCGCUAAUAAUUAAAUUUAUAGAUUAUCCAUUGGCAGAUCCUAUCUGUACAUUUCUUUUUUCAAUUCUUGUCAUGAUGACAUCAUUUUCGGUAGCUCGAGAUUCGAUACUCGUUCUAAUGGAAGCUUCACCAAAGCAUAUUAAUAUAGAUAAACUAUAUAAUGAACUAUGUGCUAUUGAAGGAGUCCAAGAUGUGCAUUCACUUCGAGUAUGGUCAUUAACCAUGGAUAAAGUGGCAAUAUCGGUACACCUCGAUAUCGAAAAGAAUUAUGAUUCGAAUCAUGCGGUGCAUGAAGCUAAUGAGAAGUUAAAAUCUAAGCAUGGAAUUCACUUUAUCACUAUUCAGGCACAAUGUAUAUGUAACCGAAGCAUUUCAUGUCAAUCAUUUUCAACUGCGGCAGCAACAGCAGUCCAGGAUAUUCUGAGGAAGUAG